AACACUAAACGGAACAACCUACUUUUGAGGAACCACCUUUUUCUGAAAAAUCGGAAAACCCGGUAAUAAAUACCGAACUGAGCGCGAUGGUCACACUCGAAAUUCCGGUGGCGUCAGAAGACGUCCCGCAGCCCCCUAGAGCUGCUCCCAAGCUUGUAGCUCCCGAGCCAGGUGCGCUGAUGGCCCGAUGCGUGCUUCUCUGUGAAUACAAUGGCUAACGUGUAUAUCAAUAUUGGCUCAACAGAACACUGUCCCGGGCCCGAGAGCCAGCAGGCGGGGGAAAUGGACGCUUGCGCCGGAUGCCCCAACAAACAGAUAUGCGCUACAGCUCCCAAGGGGCCCGACCCGGAUAUCCCUUUCAUUCAAGCACGCAUGGCAACAAUAGCGCAUAAACUUCUCAUACUUUCUGGGAAAGGCGGUGUGGGAAAAUCAACAUUUACCUGCAUGCUCGCAUAUGCCUUUGCCCAGUCCCCUACAGCACAGGUAGGCGUUUGCGACAUCGACAUAUGCGGCCCAUCGAUACCACGAAUGAUGGGUGCUGAGAACGAGUCUAUUCACUCCUCAUCGUCGGGGUGGUCGCCGGUAUACGUAGCGGACAAUCUCGGUGUCAUGAGCAUACAAUUUAUGCUACCAAACCAGGACGAUGCUAUUAUUUGGAGGGGACCUAAGAAGAACGGGUUGAUCAAGCAGUUUUUGAAGGAUGUCGAGUGGGGCGAUUUGGACUUUUUGCUCAUUGACACCCCUCCGGGAACUAGCGAUGAGCAUUUGAGUAUAAACAGCUACUUGAAGGGCAGUGGGGUUGAUGGAGCCGUUGUUGUUACGACGCCACAGGAGGUUAGCUUGUUGGAUGUUAGGAAGGAGAUCGAUUUCUGCAGAAAAGCCGGGAUUAAGGUUUUGGGGAUCGUGGAGAAUAUGAGUGGUUUUGUUUGCCCCAAUUGUGAGGUAUGUUAUAUACUCUUCUGAUCUUCUCUGCUUCUAUUCUGGGGAGUACUGCUCGUUUUUCCGACGCUGAGUCCAUCUAAGGGUGAAUCACAAAUAUUCCAUGCUACUACCGGAGGUGGCCGGGCUCUGGCGACUGAGAUGGGCGUGCCUUUCCUCGGGGCCGUUCCUUUGGAUCCUAGGAUAGGUAUUGCUUGUGACUACGGCGAGAGCUUUUUCAGUGCAUACCCAGAGAGCCCGGCUUGUGAAGGAUUGAUGAACAUUAUAAAGGGUUUACGGGAUCAGAUGGGAUUGCCUCUAUUGCACGAUGGGAUCGAAGAGAUGGGUGAAAGCUAGGCGAUCGCAAGUCAUCUUUGUACACGUGUGUAGAGUGGGCAUAUUAAAUGGCGUUCUUGGACUCUGGAUUUUCCUUGUUUUCAGCGAAAAAGGUACUCAAGUAUAGCAUUAGUAGUGCGCUAUGGAACAUCCCCUUUAAGGGCCGUGUUGUGUUGGGGGCAUAAUAUAUCAAUCAUCGUGCCGGUGCCCCUCCCUUCUGAAAGAACGUCCACUAUCUCCGUGACGUCCGUCCCGGCCUCGCUCCUUUUCCAGUCUACUGUUCCCCUCCCUAUCCCUAUCCCUAUCUUUGUCCUUGCCUCUGCCACUAUCUCUAUCACGAUCUGUUUCCCUUCGACUACCCCUGUCCUUUUCUCGAGGAUUGCUUGGCUCGUUGGAAGCUCUCUCCCUGUGCGUUCGCUCCUUGGAAUGAGAUCUAGGCCGUCUAGAUCUUUCCUUUGAACGGCUUCUGCGCCUAUGGAAGUGCCGGUGAUCUCUUUUGCUGUCACCAUCGCGCCGAUGGCGCGAGGGCUUCUUCUCCCUCUUCAGCUUCUGAAGGGCCAGCUCGACCUCCUCUUUCUUUUGCCUCACAAGGUAUUCCUUCAUUGGAUCGUCCUCAUCGUGAUCCCAUAUUAACUUCUGUAGUUCAAUCUCCUCCGGAAGCAUCUCCCGCGCUGGCGUCUCUUCCCUCUCCUUGCCCUUUCUUCUCUUGCUGUCGUGCUCGCUCUCCUCAUUGUCUCGCUCCCUCGGCCCUAAACCCUGGCCCAAAAGCUCCUCUAAUUCCCCUUCCUUUGGCUUGUAUCUGGUAUGGUCCACCCGAAUCGUCCUUCCGAGAAUCGUAGCCCCACCUAAGUUGUCUACCGCAAGAUUUGUACUCCGUUGGUCUUCGUAUUUGAGAAAAGCGAACCCUUUGCUCUUUCCAGUGUCCUUGUCACGAACGAGAUUGAGGUGAACGGGUUCGCCGAAUUGGGAGAAUAUUGUGAUUAUAUCACCCUCGCUGAGCUCGUACGGAAGACCGCCGAUGUAAACAUAUGCAGUGUCGGACCAGUCAGUAUGCCAGGAGGCAGAUAAUGGCUUUGGCCAAGUUAGCAGGCAGUUGGAGACUUGGGUUCCCAGGAGUUCAGGGCUAAAACAUACAAUGCCAGCUUCCAGCUCUCGCCGGUUCAGCUUUUCGAUGGCGCGGAUAUUAUUCAUUGCUGGUUGCCCUUUGUUGACUCGCGAUAGGUGCCGUCGAGCCUGCUGUGAGUUACAGCAGCCAGACGCCACACGAGAGCUGCCGGUGUGUUGCCUGGCGUCACACACAC